CAGGGAGAUAUCUCAGCCUCAAUGACUGCUAUCACCUUACUGCCUGGGGAAAGCCAGCGGUGAACAUGCUUUCUCCAGGCCAUUUCUCAAGACAUUUACUGGGGGCGUUCUUAUUUAUUUCUGGACUGAUAUGUCAGCUUGGGGAGCCAUCGAAAUCCAGGCAGAGAAGGGACACACUCUAUGAUCAACCUCGGAUGUCCUCGGAAGAUGGAAACUUAAUAUUUUCAGUAAGCCAGGCAAAAUGUAUUGAAUUCAAGACUGACUCAUAUGGGAAAAUCAAAGUUAAUGAUGAUGACCUGUCUGAUCUGCUGAUUCAGAUACACAAAAACAGAGAAGAAAUUUCUCUAUUAAAAGCAAAUGUUAUUGGAUACAACCAGAGUGUUUCUAACCAGCUUGCUCAGCUCAGUACAAAGUUGUCUGAAAUUGAAAACAGAGUUCAAGUGUUGCAGGAGACUAUCAACCAAAAGUCGUGCAAUAGUGACCCAUGUCAUAAUUCAGGGAUGUGUCUGAACCUUCUGGGUUCCUUCUUUUGUUUGUGCCCCGAUAACUGGCAGGGUUCUGUCUGUGCUGAUGAUGUCAAUGAAUGUCAAAAGUAUGACGGGACUGCCCUGGAUUGUCAGAAUGGAGGUAUAUGUGAGAACACACCUGGAAGUUACAGCUGCACCUGCACUCCAGAGUGGUCCGGCCCACAGUGCACCUCCAAGUAUGAUGACUGCAAAGCAGGUUCUGAGGCGCUCUGUGUCCACGGAAUCUGUACAGAUUUAGACAGAGUCCAGAUAAAUCAGCCCAGGUACAGCUGCGUCUGUGAGACAGGAUGGACAUCACCUCCAGGAAGCGCUGACUGUACUGCUGAUAUAGAUGAAUGCUCCCUGCCUAACCCUCCCUGCUCCCAGAAUCCUCCAGUCCAGUGUUUUAACACUCCAGGAUCGUUCAAUUGUGGCCCCUGUCCUGCAGGUUGGCUCGGGAAUGGUUACAGCUGCCAAGAUAUCGAUGAGUGCCAAACUGACAAUGGUGGAUGUUCUGUGGCCCCACUGGUGAAAUGUAUGAAUACUAUGGGCUCCUAUCAUUGUGGCUCCUGUCCACCAGGUUAUGAAGGUGAUGGUAAGACGUGCAAUCAGAUCGACGCCUGCUCAGUGAAUAAUGGAGACUGUCAUCCACUAGCUUCAUGUGCUCCAGGCAAAGAGGGUCUUCUGCCAGUCUGUGUCUGUCCUCCUGGCUACACUGGAGAUGGAUAUGGGGCGAGUGGCUGCCAGUCUACUAGUGACAUCUGCCAAAAGCAAAAUCCUUGUGUUAAUGGAGAGUGCAAGCCUGGAAUCUCAGACUAUACCUGUGAGUGUCAUUCAGGAUGGAGUGGUGCCAACUGCUCAGAAGACACCAACGAGUGUUCCAGUAAUCCAUGUCAGAAUGGUGGGAUCUGCCUGGAUGGUCUUAAUAGUUACAUGUGUAACUGCACUAGUGGAUGGACCGGCUUCAAUUGUGAAACUCAGACACAAGCUUGUGGAGGUGUUUUAACUGGUUUAAAUGGGACAUUGAGCUACCCCAGCAAUCCAGGCAAUGAAUCCUAUGGUCACGAUAUGAGUUGUUCCUGGAUCAUAAAAACAGAAGCAGAUAAGAUUUUGCGCAUCUCUUUCCCUUAUUUUGACUUGGAGCAGAGUUCCCGAUGCAAUUUUGACUUCCUGCAGAUCCAUGAUGGAGACUCGGUGUCAGCCCUCAUGCUGGGAAAAUUCUGUGGUACCACAGCUCCUACUGAGCUCUUCAGCUCCCACAAUACUUUAUAUAUCUGGUUCAAAUCUGAUGACAAAUUUGUGGCUGGGGGAUUUCGGAUGAACUGGGAGUCUCGUCAACCAGAAUGUGGAGGUCAGCUGUCAGAUCCUCAUGGGUCCAUUUUUUCUCCUGGUUACCCGGGUAAUUAUCCUCCUAAUCGAGACUGCUACUGGACAAUUUCUACUGCCCCAGGACUUUAUAUCACAUUUGCCUUUGGAACACUAAGUCUAGAACAUCAUGCCACAUGUGAAAAUGAUUAUUUGGAGAUUCGAGAUGGCCUCCUGCCCCAAGAUACUCUCCUUGAUAAAUACUGUAGCACCCAGUCACCUGCCCCUCUCCAGACAUCCGGCCCAUAUGCCUGGGUUCAUUUCCAUUCUGACAGCGCACUAACAGACAGAGGAUUUCAAAUCAACUACGUAACGUCAUCCUCUGGAAAUCUCUGUGGAGGAAACUUCACAGAUGCUGAAGGUUUCAUCACUUCUCCAUCAUGGCCGGCUGCUUAUACAGGAGACAAGCAAUGUGUCUACAUUAUCACACAAGGAGUUGGUGACCAGAUCAAUCUCAGAUUUACCCAUCUGGAUUUACAGAGCAGUACUGGCUGUUCCCUGACAGUUAUAGAGAUUAGAGAUGGAGGCUCGCAGACGGCACCACUAAUUGGCAGAUACUGUAACAGCACAAUUCCUGCUGCCGUAACAUCAAGCUCAAAUACACUGUGGGUGAAAUUCAAGUCAGAUGCAUCAGCAUCGAGUUUCCGAGCGUUCUAUCAAGUUGGUUGUGGAGGUGCUAUGUCUAGUGCUGGAGUCAUUCGCACUCCAAACUACCCAAAUCCCUACCACCAAGAGAGAACCUGUGAAUGGAUCAUCACCCAGCCAGAUGGAGAAGUGGUUCUGUUUAGCUUUGACUCCUUUGACCUCUAUCCAGGCACACAGUGCAGCUCUAACUAUGUUGAGGUCAGAGAUGGACCAUCAUCAAAUGCUCCUUUAAUUGGAAAGUAUUGCGGCCCAGAAGUUCCUCCAUCGGCCUAUUCAACUCAGAGGAGUCUGUAUAUUAAGUUUGUGACUGAUGCUUCCACGACAAAUCAUGGAUUCUUAGCCUCAUACAGCUCUCUAGAUUUAAGUUGUGGAGGAACACUUACCACCCUUGAAGGUACAUUAUCAAGUCCCAGUCACCCUGCUGAGUACCCACAUGGUGUCCGCUGCAUAUGGCUCAUCUCAGUACCACCAGGAAAUCUGAUACAGUUAACAUUCACUACAUUCAACCUGGAACAGACAUUUGCCUGCCACGCGGAUUAUCUAGAGAUAUACGAUAAGGCAAUGAAUGCAACUGGAAACAAAAUUGGAAAAUACUGUGGAAGGUCCAUUCCUCCAUCAAUAACAAGCAGUGAUAACGGGAUGUCUCUGGUCUUUGUUAGUGACUCCGGAGUAGCCGUUGAAGGCUUUACGGCUAGUUAUGUGUCAAUCAACGCAUCUACAGUCUGUGAUAUGGCCUAUACAGAAGCAACGGGUGUAUUUACCUCACCAAACUAUCCUGCUAACUAUCCGACAAACAGGCAGUGUGUGUAUACGAUCACCACCAAAUUUAACAAGCAGAUCAUGCUUAACUUCACCGAUUUCAAGCUUGAAAAUCAUGCAGAUUGCACCAGAGACUAUGUGGAGAUCAGGGACGGCGGCUAUGAAAUAUCUCCGUUACUGGGUCGGUUUUGCAGUGGCCCCCCUCCACUAAUUAUAUCUCAUAGUAAUAAACUUUGGAUAAAGUUUCGAAGUGACUCGUCUUUCCCAUAUAAAGGAUUCUCUGCUCACUGGGACACGGCAACCACAGGUUGUGGUGCGACCCUAACAGCAUUGUCUGGUGCAUUCUCAUCUCCUAAUUAUCCCAUGCCAUACUACGAGAAUUCUGAGUGUUAUUGGCUCCUGAGUGCCUCCCGGGGAAAUCAAAUUGAGAUUCAAUUUGAAACCUUUCAUCUGGAGUCACACGACAAUUGUAUCCGUGACUAUCUAGCUGUCUACAAUGGCAAUAGCAGCAAUUCAGCUUUACUAAAGAAGCUCUGCGGUCCAGAACUGCCUCCUCCAAUACGCUCCACUGCUAGUGACGUGUAUGUAAAGCUACGGACAGACAACACUAUGUCAUAUAGUGGAUUCUUGGCUACCUAUAAGCAGACUUGCCAGGGAGUCUUGAUUAGUAACCGUAAUAGUGGCAUUCUGGAGAGUCUAAACUAUCCAAAUACAUAUCCUUCCGACCAACGCUGCAACUGGACAAUACAGACCACAAUGGGGAAUACCAUCAGCUACAUGUUCACAACCUUUCAGCUGGAGUCCUUUAACUGCCAAUAUGAUUAUAUGAAGCUCUAUGAUGGCCCCAACGAGCAGGCCAGACUCAUUGGAACCUACUGCGGAACAAGCCUUCCACCAGGGGGCACCACUAAUGGUACAAGCCUUCACGUUGUCUUCCAUUCAGAUGGAUACAGUGGACACCAAGGCUUUCAACUGAUGUGGAAUGUCAACGGAUGUGGCGGAGAUCUGUCUGGUCCAACUGGCUCCUUCAGCAGCCCUGGAUAUCCCAUGAAGUAUCCGAAUAACAAAGAGUGUAUCUGGCAUGUCAACACCUCUCCGGGGAGCAGCAUCCAGAUCACUAUACUGGAGUUCAGUAUUGAGAACCACAUUGCAUGUAACUAUGAUGUGCUGGAGAUAUAUGGAGGCCAUGACUUGUCCUCCCCAAGACUGGCUCAACUGUGUGCCCCUCGAAGUCCAGAAAACCCCCUGCAAGUGUCCAGCACAGGCAAUGUGGCCACUAUCCGCUUUAAGACUGACUCUACUGGAAAUGGCAAAGGUUUUAAUGCGACAUGGCAUGAAAUUCCUGAAGGCUGUGGUGGAGUAGUCCAAGCCCCAAAUGGGGAGAUCCAUUCUCCGAAUUACCCAAGACCCUAUGGCGACCACACAGAAUGUUCCUGGCUGAUAAGAGUUGACCCUGGACACCGAGUCUUACUCAACUUUACCGACUUUGAAAUAGAAAGCCAUGACUCGUGUAGCCUUGACAAUGUCACCGUGUAUGAUGGUGAAUCCAGUGAUGCGCCGGUUCUGAAAGCUUUGUGUGGUUUUCAAAUUCCCAGUCCAGUUACCUCUUCUCAGAACACCAUGUUUGUCCUCCUCAGGUCUGACUAUAGUAACCACCACAGAGGAUUUAGUGCGCGAUUUAGUGAAGCAUUUGGAAGUUCUAUUGUGACCGACUCCAUUGGUGGAGUUAUUUCCUCACCAUUAUAUCCCGCCAACUACCCAAACAAUCAAAACUGUUCAUGGAUUAUACAAGCCUCGGAACCUUUUAACCAUGUCACUGUGUCUUUUACGGACUUUCAAACUGAAGGCAGAAAUCUUAAUUGUACAGAAGAUUUUGUAGAGAUUUUAGAUGGGAACAAUUAUGGUUCACCGUCCAAAGGACGUUACUGUGGUCAGGUAAUCCCUCACCCUGUUACAUCGUUCAGCAAUGCCCUUGUGAUCAAAUUUGUCUCCAAUAGUUACUCAACAUAUAAAGGAUUCCGUGCUACCUACUCCGCAUCAACCUCAGCCUGUGGAGGUGACUUACACAUGGAGAACGGCGCCUUCAACAGCCCUUCUUAUCCAGAAAACUAUGCAGAAAACUUGGAGUGCAUUUGGAACAUUAUCAGUGCUCCUGGCAACCGUCUCGCACUGUCUUUCAUGUCAUUCUCUCUGCAGUCCAGUGAAAACUGUUCAAAGGAUUAUUUGGAAAUCAGGGAAGGUGAUGCCGGAGGCGCAUAUCUGGGGAGAUUUUGCGGAGCCAAUCUGCCCAAUAAUGUAACUUCUAUUGUCGGACACAUACUCUGGGUAAAGUUUGUGUCUGAUGCGUCAGUAAGUGGAUCGGGCUUCAGGCUCUCCUUUUCCCAUAUGUUUGGGAACAAUCUAGACGGCACCAAUGGACAAAUUGCAUCUCCUCUUUGGCCCAGACAAUAUCCUCAUCACUCCAAUUACAUCUGGAAAAUUAAUGUGCAAUCAGGACAAAUUAUUGAGAUUAGAGUCCUGCAAAUAGAUAUCGAAGACCAAGCAACCUGCUCCUAUGACAGAUUACGGGUAUACGAUGGUCCUGACGUUCACUAUCACAUCAUUGGCACAUACUGUGGAGUCACUUCACCGCCCUCCCUGUUCUCCUCCGGCAGUUCAGUGACUGUUCAGUUCACAAGUGACAACAGUAUAAGUAGAACGGGCUUUCUAUUGGAGUGGACCGCUGUCUACAUGUCUCCUGAUCCCUUACCCACCAUAGCUCCAGGUGCAUGUGGUGGGGUUCUAAGAACUGGAGACACACCAUUAUUUUUGUUCUCUCCCGGCUGGCCCAAUAAUUACCUUUCAAGACUGGAGUGUACCUGGGUGAUCAGAUCCCCGGAGUCCACAGUAGAACUGAACAUCCUGACCCUGGACAUUGAAACACACAGCUCAUGCGGUUAUGACAAGCUGGUCAUCAGAGACGGAGAUAACGGCCUUGCUCCUGAACUUGCAACCAUCUGUGGAAAAGAGCCUCCGGGACCAAUCCGCUCAUCUGGUGAUGCAAUGUUCCUGCAUUUCUCCGCUAAUGGAAUGACAACUGGCAAAGGUUUUAAUGCAUCUUAUCAUAAAAGCUGUGGAGGAUACUUGCAUGCAAACAGAGGACUGAUAACAUCACCAAAUUACCCAGAAAAUUAUCCUGCUAAUCAGAACUGUACCUGGCAUGUGUUAGUAACCCCCGGCUUUACCAUCGUCGUCCAUUUUGAUCCAAGUUUUGAAAUAGAGAACAGCGAUACUUCCUGCAACAAUGGGGACUAUAUUCAACUAAGGAAUGGUCCUGAUGGGUCGUCGCCCCCUCUGGGGACCGCUGCCGGGAACGGGAUGUUGUGUGGCAGGGAAGCUCCAUCCAGUUUGCACACUACAGACAAUGAAAUGCUUGUCCGAUUCAUCUCUGAUAGCAGAAAUGAGGCCAAGGGGUUUAAACUUCAAUUCGAUGCCAAAGGCUUGGCAUGUGGAGGGAUCAUCUAUGUGACGGAUUCCAAUCCAAGUGGCUCUAUUAUGUCACCCAAUUAUCCCAACAAUUAUCCUCCUAACAUAGAAUGUGUGUGGAUAAUCAUCGUGCCAAACGCAGAAGCCGUGCAGCUGGACUUCCAAGAACAAUUCUAUAUUGAACCCUCUGACAACUGCAACUCUAGUUAUCUGGAGAUAAGAGACGGUGCAGAUUCCAGUCAAAGGCUCCUGGCAAAAUUAUGUGGAAACACUUUGCCGAUCACCUACAAAUCACUGGGAAUUGCCAUGUACCUGAGACUCAGAACCGACAGCGGUACCCCACGGGCUGGGUUCAAAGCCAAAUAUUCUAUUGCCUCAUGCGGUGGAACUGUUUUUGGUCAGAGUGGUAUUAUUCAGAGCCCGGGUUACCCAUCAAAGAAUUACACAGAGUCCUCUUUGUGCGAAUGGUUCUUCAAUGGCCCUACAGGACAUUAUCUGACCAUUACAUUCACGGCCCUUGAUCUUCAAGACUCAGCAAACUGUUUAAAUGACUACAUUGAAAUCCGUGAAUACAAUGCAUCUGGGAAAUUGCUGGGUACAUUUUGUGGAAAUACACAGCCUCUGGCCGUGAGGACAUCGGAUAGUUUUGCUUAUGUAAAAUUUGUAAGCGACGGUUCUGUGAAUGCCAAAGGAUUCCGACUGCAAUAUGAAGCCAGUAUUGAAGAAUGUGGAGGAGAAAUUGAUGGAAGCACCGGGGCUCUGAGCUCUCCUAAUUACCCCAACCUGUACCCACAUGAUCGUGUUUGUGAUUGGAGAAUAAGGGUACCAGAAGGGAGGCGGGUCACUCUGACAAUUCAUGACCUACGGCUGCAGGACCAACAGAACUGUGACUAUGAUUAUGUGGCUGUAUACAAUGGUUACCGGACCCAGUCACCUCUCUUGGACAAGCUUUGUGGCAAUGUUGCUCCAGAUACAGUUAUCAGAUCUUCUGGGAACACCAUGAGAGUUAUAUUUGUUACCGAUGGGUCUGUUUCCAAUGGAGGUUUCAAGGCAACGUUCACUUCAAUGGAAGAUGCAGUCUGCGGAGGAUCACUAAUGAAACCUGUUGGAGGUAACUUUACAUCUCCUGGAUACAAUCGUGUCACAAAUUACACCAAGAACCUAAACUGCGAGUGGGUCAUUCAGAACCCCAAUGUCUAUAACUCCACUACGUACAUGGAGUUUAAAAGAUUGCAACUGGAACCACACCCAAAUUGCCUGAACGACUUUGUGGAGAUCCGAUUAGAUGAUGCAGAUGGGGAGUUAAUAAGCAGAGUGUGUGGUAGGAACAUCCCGUCAGUCCCUCUCGCUCUCUCUGCACCUCGGAUAUGGGUACGAUUUGUUAGUAACGCUCAGGUGGAAGACAUCGGAUUUCAUGCUGAAUAUUCAUUUACAGGUUGCGGUGGGGUACAGAGUGGUGUAGCUGGGGUUAUAUAUAGUCCAAACUAUCCUGGAAACUACACAGCUGGAAGCCACUGUGCCUGGCACUUGGAGGCCCCAGAAGGAGAAAUUAUUACUCUUUCUUUUGCUUAUUUUGAUCUGGAAUAUCACGUGGUAUGCCGCUGGGACUCAUUGACAAUAGUGAACGGUGCCUUGCCAAGCUCACCGAUUAUAGGACAAUAUUGUGGGACUGUGUCACCAGGGACAAUCCAGUCCGGGUCUAAUAAACUGUUGGUCAUUUUCAAUGCAGACCAUUCCAUACAUGGAGGAGGAUUUUAUGCUAACUGGACAUCAGAUUCUCAGGGAUGUGGUGGCUAUAUUCAUGCAGAUAGUGGAAACAUCAAAUCUCCAGGCUGGCCUUUAAACUUCCCUAUGAAUAGCAGAUGCACCUGGACAAUCCUGACUCAUGAGAGCAGCCAUCUUAAACUGACAUUCAGUGAGAACUUCCAUAUUCCUGACAGCAGUGGACAAUGUCAGAGAAGCUUCUUAAAGGUUUGGAGUGGUGCUGCAGAGACUGAAGAGUACCUGUUAUUAUCAGCCUGUGGGGAUUCUGCUCCGGCUCCUGUGGUCUCUCCGGGAAGUAUUGUUAAAAUAAUUUUCCAGUCACAAGAUGAUCCUGCAAGUGGCUUCUCGGCCAGUUUCACAAGCAGAUGUGGUGGUAACUUCACCAAUCCGAGUGGUCGAAUUGUAUCUCCCAACUAUCCGGACAGAUAUGCCAACAAUUUGAAUUGCAACUAUAUCAUCCAGGCUGAUAAUAACAUGUUUAUUGUCUUGACCUUCCUCAGCUUUGAAGUCGAACUUGGCCAAUCCUGCAGAAAGGACAAUGUUAAAGUGCUUAGCGGAGUGCCCCCUACAGGUAGCCAUCUGCAAACACUCUGCGGCAGCUCACUUCCUGCACCAGUCAGCAGCAGAGGGACAAUGUCGGUUACAUUCAUAACUGAUUCGGAUACUGCCAUGCAUGGGUUUGUGGCAAGCUACCGGGUGAUCCCUUGCGGAGGAACAUAUAACGGCACUUACGGAGUUAUAAGAAGCCCGACACAUUCCUCCACUGAUUACCACAGUAAUAUGAAUUGCACCUACCACAUCACCGUACAGGAGAACAGGGUUAUCGAGUUGGGGUUUAAUAGUUUUGACUUAGAGGCUUCCUCAAGCUGCCGAUAUGAUUAUGUUGCUGUCUAUGAUGGUUCGGACAUCUACGCUCCUCUGCUAGGCAGAUUCUGUGGGAAAACCCUGCCUCCAAUAAUAAAGAGCCAAAACAAUAAUUUGUUCCUGGUGUUCCAUACCGAUUUUGUCGGAACUGCUGGAGGAUGGAGAGCCUCAUUUAGACAGACACUUGGACCUCAGCAUGGAUGUGGUGGUUAUCUGACUAAUACCACCGGCCAUUUCAGAUCUCCGGACUCCAGUAAUGAUGGGAGAUACGACAAGAACCUGAACUGUGUUUGGACUAUUGCAGCUUCUGUAAACAAACAGAUAAAGCUGACAUUUACUGGGUUUAUACUGGAAUCAGCGGUCAUGAGGGAAUGCACAUAUGACUAUGUCAAGAUCUUUGAUGGCGGUAGCACAAACAGCAACCUACAAGGUACAUUCUGUGGCAAUAACACUCCUGCAAACUUCACUACUACCAGCAACUUCCUGACAGUCUGGUUUUUCAGCGAUUCAUCAGUGGAACGGGCAGGAUUCAAUGCCACAUAUGAGAUUACUGAUUUACUAUGUGGAGGCAUCCAUAACGCAACAUCUGCCGUAACAACGAUGACAUCCCCAGAAUCCUAUCCACCAUUCACAUCGUGUGUCUGGACGAUUGAUUCCCUGCCACAAGAGAGCGUAAAGCUGACAAUUCAGAACUUUAACCUCCCUCCUGGUCUGGACUGUUCUGAGAAUUAUCUGGAGCUCUCGGACUUACCUGUGGGUGACUUUGGACAAGUCCAAAAAUUCUGCGCCAAUGAAACUAUUAAAAUACCCGACUUUUACUCCUACGGACGUACAGCUACCAUUACAUUUAAGUCGCAAGAAUACACGCCUGGCAGUAGACUCACCUUUACCUAUCAAGUGGCAAACUGCAGCCGAGAAUAUCAUCAGUCAUUUGGAUAUUUGAAAAGUCCAGGUUGGCCGGAGAAUUAUCCAAAUAGCAAAGAAUGUACAACAAUCCUCCGCGCUCCGGACAGCCAUUACAUAUCUCUCUUCUUCAGUGCCUUCCAUCUUGAAUCAUCAUACUCUAGCUGUACUGACUACCUUGAAGUGAGGAAUGGCAGCUUUUCCAACUCCUCGUUGAUUGGCACCUUUUGUGGGAAUAGUCUUCCUAAUCCAAUAUUUCCUAAAAAUAAUGUCCUGCACCUCCUGUUUAAAUCAGACGCUUACAUAUCUUAUAAGGGAUAUGAAAUUACUUGGACGUCAUCUCCAUCUGGUUGUGGGGGAACUCUGUUCGGAGAUCACGGCUCGUUUACCAGUCCUGAUUAUCCUGGCACCUACAGUAACAACACCGACUGUGAAUGGACAAUUGUGGCUCCCAUGAGAAGAGAAAUACGAAUAAACCUUGAAGAAUUCAGCAUUGAUGACCCCGGAGACUGUGCCAAUAAUUAUCUCAAAUUUUACAACGGACCUUCCUCUAACUCCCCAUUAAUUAGGACAUUCUGUGGUGUGGAUGGAAAUAUCGCUCCAUUCAAUACCACGUCUCAUCAGGUGUUUGUUAAAUUUCAUGCAGACUCUGUCACACUGCCGUCAUAUUUUAGAGUCAUUUGGAGCUCUUGAGUCAAAGAAAGCUUUUUACAAUCAUUCCCACAAUUCAAGACCGUUAUCUGACUAUUCUGCGCAGAUCACAUUCCAUAUCUAAUAGUUCAUGUAAUUGUAUAUAUGUGCCUACUGAUACAUUUCUAUUUUACAAUAAAGAUUCUAUCACAAAAUAAAAUUAAA